AUGAAUUCCCAGUCCCUUUCAUUGCUGCUCCAUGCCGAUGGAGAGAAUAUGCAAAAUGACAUAGGUGUCAUUAACUCCUUUGCUGCUAAUUGGAAUAGCCUUAAUGGUGCCAUUAACUACGACGUUAAUACCCUAACUGCCAAUUCUCAACUAAAAGAGACCCUAAAUGUCUCUCAUUCUCCAUUUGGGGAAAACAUUGUUGCGGUAACUACCCAGAAUGAAACUAAAUUUCCCAAAAUGAGCAUUAACAAUGGUUGGAAGCCUAAAAAGGCACUGCAACAGAAGGUCAACCAAGACAAAGGGAAAGUAGUAAUUGAAACCAUAGUCAUUGAUGUGCCAAAUGUGGAGAGAGUACAAACCGAGGUCCCAACCACCACUCAGAUAGUUGAAUACUCUGCUCCAAAGGCUCCCCCCAUUUCUGCAAAUCUAGCUAAUGAGACUCUGAAUACCACACAACUUGUAGACAAUCUGGUAACCUCUAUAAACACAAUUGCUUCUCCACUUGCUGAUUGUAAUGUCUUAUUUCCCUUUUCCAACAAAUUUUCUGGUUUAGAAAUGGAAGAAGGACAGUUAAUUGUUGAAAUUUCUCCCCAUUAG